ACGCCGACCAGGAAGUGAUUAGUACAACAAGCUCGCCUCCAAACAUUUUAUAUCCGCGUUGAAGGCGGUAGUUGGAUGGCGAGCCGAGAGUGUGGCAUUGCCCGACACACCAGACCCACCCGUCCACCCACCUGUGUCUCUCGCCCCCCCGGGGGGAUAGUGGAACCCUCAGCUGCUCCCUGCUGAACCCUCCGACCUGGCGCUUCCUUGAGGGGAGAGUCGCUAAUAUCCAUCGCCAACACAGUCUGCGACAGAACACGGACCACAGAUCACAGAGCACAGAGCACGGAUCACAGAUCACAGAUCACGGAUCAGACAACAGACCACAGGCAAAACAUCUAGGAAACCAUGACAGAUCGCGCGUCACCUCAUCACGUGACAGGAAGCAGUAUGAGGAUGCUGAGAAAGCAGGAGGUGCUUGAUCUGAUUGCACACAAUCCUAAACAGUUUCAGAUACCGGACGAGUAUGCAGCCUUGCCUAAACCUCACCCGGUGUCCCCCCAUAUGGAAACCGGGGAUCUGACCACUGUGCCACCCCGGGGGGCACACAAAAAAGAGGCACGGAAGGUCAGCUUUGAUGACGACAAGGAGGCACCAGAUAUCCCAGCCCGGAGAAGGACAUCGUCAGGACAAGCGCGGGACUUGAGGACAUCGUCAGGACAAGCGCAGGACUUGAGGACAUCGUCAGGACAAGCGCAGGACUUGAGGACAUCGUCAGGACAAGCGCGGGACUUGAGGACAUCGUCAGGACAAGCGCGGGACUUGAGGACAUCGUCAGGACAAGUGCGGGAUUUGAGGACAUCGUCAGGACAAGCGCGGGACUUGAGGACAUCGUCAGGACAAGCGCGGGACUUGAGGACAUCGUCAGGACAAGUGCGGGAUUUGAGGACAUCUGUUGGGGAAGGACAGGAGGACAGCGCUGUCACAAACGGCGUACAUCGGACGCGGUCCAUCGACUAUAUAACCCGGGGGACGCCGUCGACGGAGUCAGAUGCAGGGGAUUGCGCAGAGGGGGUCGUGUUGAGACGCGCAUCAUCUCCUCACCCGGUGUCCCCCCAUAUGGAAACCGGGGAUCUGACCACUGUGCCACCCCGGGGGGCACACAAAAAAGAGGCACGGAAGGUCAGCUUUGAUGACGACAAGGAGGCACCAGAUAUCCCAGCCCGGAGAAGGACAUCGUCAGGACAAGCGCGGGACUUGAGGACAUCGUCAGGACAAGCGCAGGACUUGAGGACAUCGUCAGGACAAGCGCAGGACUUGAGGACAUCGUCAGGACAAGCGCGGGACUUGAGGACAUCGUCAGGACAAGCGCGGGACUUGAGGACAUCGUCAGGACAAGUGCGGGAUUUGAGGACAUCGUCAGGACAAGCGCGGGACUUGAGGACAUCGUCAGGACAAGCGCGGGACUUGAGGACAUCGUCAGGACAAGUGCGGGAUUUGAGGACAUCUGUUGGGGAAGGACAGGAGGACAGCGCUGUCACAAACGGCGUACAUCGGACGCGGUCCAUCGACUAUAUAACCCGGGGGACGCCGUCGACGGAGUCAGAUGCAGGGGAUUGCGCAGAGGGGGUCGUGUUGAGACGCGCAUCAUCUCCUCACCCGGUGUCCCCCCAUAUGGAAACCGGGGAUCUGACCGCUGUGCCACCCCGGGGGGCACACAAAAAAGAGGCACGGAAGGUCAGCUUUGAUGACGACAAGGAGGCACCAGAUAUCCCAGCCCGGAGAAGGACAUCGUCAGGACAAGCGCGGGACUUGAGGACAUCGUCAGGACAAGCGCAGGACUUGAGGACAUCGUCAGGACAAGCGCAGGACUUGAGGACAUCGUCAGGACAAGCGCGGGACUUGAGGACAUCGUCAGGACAAGCGCGGGACUUGAGGACAUCGUCAGGACAAGUGCGGGAUUUGAGGACAUCGUCAGGACAAGCGCGGGACUUGAGGACAUCGUCAGGACAAGCGCGGGACUUGAGGACAUCGUCAGGACAAGUGCGGGAUUUGAGGACAUCUGUUGGGGAAGGACAGGAGGACAGCGCUGUCACAAACGGCGUACAUCGGACGCGGUCCAUCGACUAUAUAACCCGGGGGACGCCGUCGACGGAGUCAGAUGCAGGGGAUUGCGCAGAGGGGGUCGUGUUGAGACGCGCAUCAUCUCGCAAGACGGAGGUGGACUGUGUGGACUUUGAAGUGUUUUUGACGGAGUCGCAGAAUAUGCUGCGCGGUGUCCUUGAACUUUCGACCUUGCAUCACGACGUCAUCGACAAAGUGAAGCUGCGCGUGGUGUGCGUGUUUGACGUCAGCGGAAGUAUGCUGCUCAAGUGUGGACGAAGCAGACAGCACUCUAAGUUGAGUAAACUCAAGAAGAUGGCAGCCGACCUCGUGGACGUCAUGGAGGAAGGGGACGACUACUUCGGGAUCGUCGCCUUUGGGGAGGAGACGCGCGUCGUGUGCCCCCUCACCAAGGUCGACUCCACGUCAAGGGGUAACCUGAAGGAGACCAUCACGGCGUUGGACAAGGCCAUCGACAGCUGUACUGACCUGGUACAGGGCAUUCACAGGGCAGUGGACCUGCUGAAGUCUGGACACCAGGCUAGCGACCCCGCCUACCGGAACGCCAUCAUCGUCUUCUCGGACGGCGAGAUCAACUCCGGAAUCACGAACGCGGACGAGGUUGUUCAUGCCGUGCGUCAGCGAAUCCGGGAUUCAAACCCCGACCCCCGCAACCAGAACGCUGAACAGUGGCUAAGUGUGGCCUGCGUGACGACGGGUGGUCACGUGUCUCAGGCUAUGUACCUCGUCUCGAAGUACUGCGGCAACGACGCUUACUACUACGUCGACAGCGAUCUCGCGCACCCGGAAGUAGACAUGCUGAUUCCGCUCCUGUUGCGGAAGUCCGCCAUUGCUCAGUACGUGACCCUGGACAUCAAGCCGGACAACGGCGCGGCCCUCGUGGAGGAGAAGUGCACGCGCGAGCACAGCGUCAGGCGACGGCGGACUGAGAAGAAAGUACCCAACAUCAUGUACUACCUGCACGACUUGCCAGCCGGAAGUCAGAAGCACUUCAGCAUCGCCAUCGAUCUAUCCGGCUACAAGAAAGACUCUGACAACGACGUCAUGCGUAUACAACUGGAGUACUGCGACGCUGAAGGCGACACUCAUCACGUGACCAGGACGAUAAGGUUCAGCGAUCGCCUCACCGCCCUCAAAGACCCAGACAAAUACGAGAAGGCUGUGUUACUGAGUGCAAAGGCUGACAUGCGCAGUGCCUUCCAAAUCGCGUGUCGGGAUGCAGCCGAGGUGCUCACUGAGGAAGGCGACCCGAGCACCGCACUGCAUGACGGGACGACUAAGCUUCAGCAGUUGAUGGAGCAUUACGGAGUGAUGGCGAAACGAGAGGAAACGAAACACAGGAUCGCCGACUUCUCACGUGCACUGGUCUGUAACCUGGACAGACUGAUUGAGUCGAUGGAGAAAUCACGGAGAGGAAAUGGUCACAAGUGGUCAAAACUGAAGGCCGUGUCUUCCGCAGUGGUCAGGGAGACGCCCAAUGUGUCCAAACUCGUGGCCAAGUCCGAGUUCGUCUGUCCACUUCCAGUUUUCAAGAACUGUGCAACCACCCGGAUGACAGCUUUAGCCCUGAAACUUUACCGGAAACAGGAAGUGACGUCAGUGGUGUUCCCCAACCAGAACCUGUUUGACGCGGCUAAGGUCGUGAUGCAGAGUCUCAGCGAUAUCGUCGGCGUGCUGCAGCAGGUGGAGGCGGUGCCCGUGAAGUCGAACACGUUGAGGAGGAAGAUAAUCACCACCAGCAUGGUCCUCACCGAGGACAUGUCUGACGAGGAGAAGUAGGCAGGCAAGAGAGGCAGCUGACUGACAAAGUCAAAUUCCCACCGAGGACAUGUCUGACGAGGAGAAGUAGGCAGGCAAGAGAGGCAGCUGACUGACAAAGUCAAGUUCCCACCCUUGCCGAACUAGGCUGCAAUGAUGGAGGUAUAUUUUGGCUGGACUAACGGGUCUAUGCAUAGUCCAAUCAAAAUGUGGGUGGAGGUGUGAGGGUUGGUUUUUUUCGGGGGGGGGGGGGGGGGCAUGAGGGCCAACUAUUUGUCCUUCGGGACUUUUUACGUAUUUAUUUGUAUCCAUGACAUUUGUUUGUUUGUUGACGUGUUCGUUUAGAUUUUCUUAACAUGUGUUUUACGUCCUACUUUCAUCUAUAUGAGUAUCUGUACAUAGGGCAUCUUUAGAUCCCGAUCCCUGUCACGAGAUCACGUGACCAGCAGGAAUGGCUAUAUUGUACUCCUGCUUCAACAUGUGCUCUCUAGUCACGUGGUUCCUGUUCAGUCACUCACACAUCUGUCACGUGAUCAGAGUGACUAUGUAACUGACUAAAUUCAUCCUCCAGUGAUUAACAUGUGCAUCUUGUCAUUCAGGCUUUUUCACUGUGAAAGAAAUUAAAUAAAUAUAUCUGAAGUUUCUAAAUA